AGAGAGAGAGCUUAAGAGAUCUCUUUUUCUUUUUGCUAACUUGCGUAUCUCUUUUUUUUUUCCCUAACGUGCGCCGCCGCCAUGGGACUUCUCGACCAGCUCUGGGACGACACCGUCGCCGGCCCUCGGCCGGAGAACGAACGCGGCAAGCUACGGAAGUACUCCUCCUUCAGUUUCCGUCCCAACUCCGGCAAGGAUCUAGCAUUAACACUCUUUAUUAUACAUGAUUUUACAACUGAUCAACUGGAGAGUUUUUGCGAUCCGAUCGACGUGAUCGGACGGCGGCCUCCGGUCUCACCAGCGGGGUCAACUCCUCCAGUGUCUCCGUUUUCUGGAGGCAGAGAGUCGUUCCGUUUUCGACGAAGGUCAACGUCGGACGCAUACGAGAAGGCAACCGAAACUGGACCCAGGAGCAGCCCUCCUUCUCCUUACGACGUGUGAGAUAUGAUGAGGAAGCAUAUUUUGUAAUCUUAUCACGGCUGAGAACGUACCACCCACUAUAUAUAUGCUAUAUACAUUCAUAUAUAUAUAUAUAUAUGUAUGUAUAUGUUAUGUGUAGCUCUGCAGUUUGCAUGUGUGUUUUUGAAAUGAAGAGGGCUUGUAAGCGGCUGUGUAUUUGUAGUGAAGCUAUGUAGGUAUGCUAUAUGUGCAAAACCAUAUGCAUAGCGAGCGUAGUUGACGUGAGAGUGUGGUUUGUAAGAUGAUGUUCAUGUGUGUAGUACAGGGUUGGUUGAUGUACUUUUGCUCUCUGUAAAUAUAACGCCUUUGCUCGUUUCUCGCUUAAAGACAAUAAUGUGAUUGCACGUUUAAUCUAGAGAUAGUUAUAUA